ACGGCGCCGCGGCCCGAGCCCGAGCGGAGCCGAACGGAGCCGCCACCGCCGCCGAUGGGCCCCUGAACCACCGCCGCCGCCGCGCCCGGGCGGCCAUGAAGCCGCUGGAGAAGUUGCUGAAGAAGCCGGGCUCGCACCUGCCCGUCCGCCCCGCCGCCCCCCCGGGGCAGGUACCGGGGCCGGGGUCGGUGCCGGCGCCGCGGCGGCAGAGCCUGUCGCGCCCGCCCGCUUCCCCCGAGGAGCCGGCGGGGCCCGCGGGGCCGGUACCGGGGGGCGAGGGCCGCUGGCUGGAGCUACGGCCGCCCGAGGCGCCGCUCCGCUCCCCUGAGGACCCGUCACCGGGCUGCGACCGCCACCGGGACCGGGAUCGGGAUCGGGACCGGGAGCCGCCGAGCCCGGAGCCGCCGCCCGCCGCCCGGUGCUGCUGCGGCUGCGGCUGCGCCCCCGCCGCGCCCGCGCCCCCCGAGCGGCUCCUGGCCGCGCUCCUCGACCGGCUGCCGGCGGCUGCACACGGGAGGGGCUGCGGGGCAGAGUCGCUGCUGGAUGACAUCGUGCUCACCCACUCGCUGUUCCUGCCCACCGAGCGCUUCCUGCAGCAGCUGCACCAGCACUUUGUGCUGGCUGCGGGCAGCCCCCCGGCGCACUGGGAGGAGGGGUCCGGGCUGCGGCGCAAGCGGGCGGUGCUGGCCGUGCUGCUGCACUUCCUCGAGACCUACAAGGGGCUCCUGCAGGAGGAGGAGAGCGCCGGGAAGGUCAUCAAGGAGCUUUACCUGCUCAUCAUGAAGGACACGUCCCUCUACCACGAGCUGGAGGACGAGAUCAUCAAGCUGCACCAGCUCGUGGAGACCGUGGAGCUCAAGGUGGCCGACGAGACCCCCCCGCCGAACAAGCAGGUGAAGCCUCUGUUCCGGCAUUUCCGACGCAUCGACUCCUGCCUGCAGACCCGGGUGGCAUUUCGGGGUUCUGACGAGAUUUUCUGCCGCGUGUACAUGCCCGACCACUCGUACGUCACCAUCCGCAGCCGCCUCUCGGCCUCGGUGCAGGACAUCCUGGCCUCGGUCACCGAGAAGCUGCAGUACUCGGAGGAGCAGAGCGCCCGCGGGGACGCCCUCAUCCUCGUCACCAUGGCCUCGUCCGGAGAGAAAGCGGUGCUGCAGCCCAGCGAGGAGUGCGUGUUCACCACCCUGGGCAUCAACAGCCACCUCUUCGCCUGCACCAGGGACACUUUCGACUCCCUGGUGCCGCUGCCCGAGGAGAUCCAGGUGGUCCCGGGGGACACCGAGAUCCACCGCGCCGAGCCCGAGGAUGUCGCCAACCACCUGACAGCCUUCCACUGGGAGCUCUUCCGCUGCAUCCACGAGCUGGAAUUCGUGGAUUACGUGUUCCACGGGGAGCGGGGCCGGCGGGAGACGGCGAACCUGGAGCUGCUGCUGCAGCGCUGCAGUGAGGUGCAGCACUGGGUGGGCACGGAGCUGCUGCUCUGCGAGGGGCUGGGCAAGCGAGCCCACCUGCUCAAGAAACUCAUCAAGAUCGCUGCUAUCUGUAAGCAGAACCAGGACAUGCUCUCCUUCUACGCCAUCGUCAUCGGCCUCAACAACGCCGCCGUCAGCCGCCUGCGCCUCACCUGGGAGAAGCUUCCAGGGAAAUUCAAGAAUCUGUUUCGGAAGUUUGAGAACCUGACGGACCCCUGCAGGAACCACAAGACCUACCGGGAGGUGCUGGCCAAGAUGAAGCCCCCACUCAUCCCCUUCGUGCCACUCAUCCUCAAAGAUCUGACCUUCCUGCAUGAAGGCAGCAAGACCCUCCUGGACGGGCUGGUCAAUGUGGAGAAACUGCACUGCAUCGCCGAGAAAGUGAGAACCGUGCGCAAGUACCGGAGCCGCCCCCUCUGUGAGUGGGGGGGACGGGGAGGGGGCACUGCUGGGGGGCCCCACACAGCCCUGAACCUGCAGGGCUGGCCCUGAGGGGUGGGGAUGUGGCCAGAGCAUCCUCACAGCUCUUUGCCAAUGCCCCUCCAUCCCUAAAUCCCUGCAUCCUCAUCCAUCCCUUCAUUCUGCAUCCCCAUUCCUGAAUCCCCAUUCCUGAAUCCCCAUUCCUGAAUCCCCAUUCCUGAAUCCCCAUUCCUGCAUGCCUGAAUCCCUAUCCCUUCACCCCUGUCCUCAUCUCCAUAUUUCCAUUUCAUCCCUAUCUCUGUCCCUGCAUCCCCAUCCCUUCAUCUGCAUCCCCUGCACUUCUUCCAUCCUUCAAUGCCCAUUUCCUUCCUGCAUCCCCUCCAUCCCCACAUCCCCUCCAUCCCCACGUCUC